AUGCCUUCUGCUACAACAACAACAUCUACGGUUCCUCAUAGACCAACGACUCCAAAACUCCGUCCCAGGAGCUCCUCACGCGCUAUCCGAAGACCGAACAGUGCUGCGUCAACCCCUAACCUCAAGUCCGCAUACGCUUCGCAUUCGCGCGCCGCGCCGCCGCCUCUACCGCGCAAAGGUUCCCUGGCCCAGCUCACACAAGGGUCCCUCGCCAGCAUCCCCGAUGUUUCUGAGAGCUACGCCGUUGAUACUGUCCUGAGCGACUCCUCACAAAACAUGAUGCCUCCUACGACGCCCGGUCGCUCACAGGCUGUGAACGUUGCACUUGGUGAUAUUGUUGAUGUCCCUGGUGGAAUGCAUGGCGUUGUUCGUUUCGUUGGUCCUGUGCAAGGUAAGAAGGGAGUUUUUGCUGGUGUCGAGCUCGACCAAGACUUUGCUAGCCGAGGCAAAAAUGAUGGCGAUGUGGACGGCAUAUCAUACUUCACAACAACGAUCCCCGGCGCCGGUAUCUUCUUACCAGCCGCCAAGGCCCUUCCUCGUCGCGAUCCGAUUCCGCCCUUCCCCAUGACACCAGGCGCGAUGGGUGGACUUCGGGCUGGCAACCAAAACUCACUCAACUACACCUCCCCAACACCUGGUCUUCCCAAGUUCAGUGCUUCUGUUGGACCCGGUGCCCGGGCUCCCAGUCCUCAGCAAAAGCUGGCACCCAGAACUUCCCUCCCCCGGCCCGACUCUCCUGUACGCCGGAUGCAGAUGACGCCUGGCCCAAGACCAUCCAUGACAACACCAGCCAAAACUCCCACCAGAUAUGGGAGCCCAACGCAGUCACGCUUCGCUCAGAGCGUCCGCGGUACAUCAGGUGAUCCGAGCAAGAGACCCCAGAGGAUGGAUCGGAAGCCAAGUCAUGGGCCGCGAAGUGCUUCAGCCUUGGGAUCGAUAUCAGGCCUUGAUGAUGAUCCCGCACCUUUGGGAAUCCAGCGAACCGGUACGAAUGGAAGCUCCGGGUCAGUCUCGUCGUUCGCCAUGAAGAUUCGGCCUGCGUCGCGCAUCAACGUUAAUGAUGAGGAACUCGAUCGACUGCGGUCACAGAUUGAAGAUCGUGAUCGGCAACUAAAGGAGCAAUCCGCUACAUUAGCCGACAUGGAGAGUAGCCUAGUUGAACUGCAAGGUCUCAUGGAGCAAGCAGACAUGCCGACAGUGCAACGAAACAGCUGGGACAACAAGGACACCGCGCAGCUGCGCCAACUGCUGAGAGAAAAGAACGACAAGAUAGCCAUGCUCACAGCAGAGUUUGACGCUCAUCGAGCUGACUUCCGGAGCACUAUCGACACUCUGGAACUUGCCAGCACCGAAACGGAGCGCGUGUACGAGAAACGGAUAGAGGAGCUGAUGGCCGAUGUUCGAGAACUCGAGUCACGUAAUCUAGACGUCGAUUCUGUCGCGACCCAACUAAAGCAACUGGAAGAACUGGUCCAAGAACUCGAGGAAGGUUUAGAGGAUGCUCGUCGGGGUGAAGCAGAAGCUCGAGGGGAAGUUGAGUUCUUGCGAGGGGAGGUUGAGCGAACAAGGACGGAAUUGCGUCGCGAGCGUGAAAAAUCAUCGUCAGCUCCUCCAGCAAAUGGCGAUCAUACAGUAUCUUCCAAAGAGCUUGAGCAAAAAGACGAUGAGAUUAGAGGCCUCAAAGCCAUCAUUCAUUCCCUCAGCCGAGACUCUAUUCCUGGGGAGCCCAAACCCCCUGCACCAAGGCCUGGCUCAUUGAUGGCCGAAGAUGUUGUGGCGAAUAAGAUCGCGCGCGACAAUCUCGAGCGACAAGUUGCUGAGCUCCAAUCUCUCCUUGAAAAGAAAAACAGCCGCGAGGACGAACUCGAGAAGGAGCUUGAAUCAAUCCGUCAGAACGGUACAGCGGCCAACAGGUCUUCUUUCAGAGACUCCCGAGACACUGUCGUUAUGGCCCAGGCAAUGGAGAACCGACCAGUCGAGAACCUCAAGAGAUCCAGUACCGCUACACAUAAGCGGGUGAGCACCCUCGACACAAUGCCAGAGAGUGACGACUACUCCAAUGCCACAGAGACUAGCACCCUCUGGUGCGAGAUCUGUGAGACUAACGGCCACGAUAUCCUAACUUGCACCAACAUGUUCGGUCCUGAUGGUGCCAAGACCAACGGCGAGUCUAAGGCCAUCAAGAAGGCCAGCCGCGAGGAGCUUAAGCCGCAUACCCCUACAGGCGAUGAUGCCCCUGCCCCUCUCACGCCAUUCAGACUCAAGGAUGCUGGGCCUGCCUCUCCCGCAGUUAAGAUCAUGCCGAACCCCAUGGAGUCAGGCCCCGUUGCUGGCAAGGAAAGUGGCAUCAUGGACCCCGAGAAGUGGUGUGCUCUAUGUGAGCGUGACGGCCAUGACAGCGUGGAUUGCCCCUUCGAGGAUGCCUUUUGA